AUGCAAUUGAUGAUCGUUCAACGCUCGCAGGAAAAUGUGAAAAUUAAAAAGUUAGAUAGUUUGACGAAAGAAAAUGAGAGUUUGCGUCUGCAAUUGGUCGAGUGCGAAAGUUUGGCGCGUGGACUUCAAGAAACCAACGCUCUGGAAUCGGCAACGCGAGAAAAAGCUGAAAAGGAUCUGAAAGAAGCGAUUGCAGAUAGGGAUUAUUUCAAGCAGAAAGCCGACCUCUUCAUGAAAAAAGCCGAGGAAGCAGACGUUCAUUUGGAAAACGCGAAUGGCAUCCGAGCGCGCUACGAUGAGAUUAGCGCGUUUUGCACACAAAUUGAACAAAAAUACGAGGAUUUGCAGAAAAAAUAUGCGAAUAGUGUGACGUUUUUCGAAAAAGUCCAAAGACAUAAUAACACAUUGACAAAAAACGUGGACACGCUCAAGUGCGAAUGCGAUACGCUCAAAAGAAAACAGAAAAUUUACGACAAAUAUGGAAAAUUGGCGAUCGAAUUGAUCGAUGAGCUCGCAAAAAUGGGCCCAGAGAAAGAAAUAUUGGACAAGGUGAAAAUUUUUCGAAAAGACGAGGUCCGAUUCGCAUUCGGAUGCGAUGCGUGGAAGGAGCCGAGAAGCGAUGAUGAAAUUGUGCCUGACGAGCGUCUUGGCGAUGAUGAUGAUGAUGAUGGUGAAGCUGAAGCUCCAAAUCCCGCCAAUGAUUUGGCAAUGAGCUCAAGCGAUGAAGAAGAAGCGGUGGCGCUCGAGAGAAUAAUCAAGGAAAUUUCAUCGGAAAAAUUGACGCCGACGAACAUCGAAUCGAAUCUUGAGAAGAAGAUGUCGGAAUUGCGAACGACUCGUCUCAAUCCGGUUUUGCGUGGUCCGUUUCCGGAAACCGUCAAAGGCACACCGUUCGACUAUGGCGUCAUCAAGCCGAGAACCGUGUUCACGCAUGGUGUUCCCGCCAUCAAGCCCAAUGAAUUUCCGGCGAUCAGCGAGCGCGGUGAAGCGUCGACAUCCGGAAAAUCGGUGGCGCCGGCGGCGACAACCAUUCAUGGACGCAAAUGCGAAAGUGUUCGAGAGCAGCAGACGAAAAUGAUGAAAGUGUCGGCGAAAGAAAUGGCAGCGAGACUAAAAGCUGAAGAAGAAGCUAAAAAGAAUGAGCCGAAGGGCAAAGCUCGUAUGAAAGCAUCGAAAGUUGAGCCGUCGGUGAAGAAUCUCCGAAAUCGAAGCAUCAAUGUGAAGGAUUCUGGAAAUGAGUCGAAAGAAGUCGAAGCUGAGAGCCAGGAAGUGGUCACUAGAAGGACGCGAUCGAUGACUGCAGCCGAAGAAAAGGCGGCUGAAAGUGAAUUUAUUCGACUUCAAGAUAUAAGAGCAACUCGCUCAUCUCGUAGAUCCAAAAGUUCGGAGCCCGACGCGAUUGCACGACGCACAAGAAGUCGAUCAGCUCGGCGAUCCGUUGAGCCGACACCGAGCGAUGAGACACAGGGAGCAACAACAACAAUGACAACGAAAAGUUUGGCAACGCCAAAAAGCUGCCAAUCUGAGACCACUGCGGGACCAUCGACGCGUAGAAGAAUUUCUAGCUCAUCGUCAACGACUUCGAAAUUGUCGAAACGCGGAGCCCAGACGCAGAAAAAUGAACCGCCAAAGAAAGUGCAACGGAGAAGCAGCUUGUCGGAAAGUUCCGAUGAUGAUGAUGGUGAUGAUGGAGAAGGAUCGCCGAAUGAUGAGACGAUGGUGAUCACGAAUGAGCGAGACGAUUUUGGAGAUGCCCCAAUAGUUGCAAAAGAGGAGCCAAUCAUUCAGAGCGCGACGGAGCCAUCAUCAAGUGAUGCCAUUGCACAACUGGCUAAGCCUCUGCUCAAGGAAAGUUCUGUGAAGCCAGUGCUAAGAAGCAGUGAAGCGGAUUCUGUUUCAGAAGUGAAGAAAUCGACGUCGCAUACUGAUAUUGUCGUACAGAGAUUGAAGGCUCUUCAAGAUCUCAGAACGAAGAAAAUCACGAUUCCAGUGGUCCCUAAACCUUCUUCAACUUCACGUUUGAAUACCACUAAUAAUUCGGAGUCUUCAUCGAAAACGAAGCGAAAUUCCAUGGAUGCCGACGAAGCUGCUCCAGCUCCUGCAAUUACGCCGGUCAGCUCUACGCCAGAUGAAGCACCUCCUAGCAAGAUAAAGCCUUCUCCAUCGCCAAGAGCAUCUCGUGGAAAAAGAACUACAAGGAAUUCGGUGAGCUCGAUUGAAGAUGCGGCUCCUUCGUCGAGUCCGAGACCAACUCGAGCGAAAUCCACUAGAAUACAGAAGAAAACGCAAGCUGGUUCAACUUCUGAGCCUCAGCCAAAUUCAACAGAAUCGAUAUCUCGAGCUUCCAAACCGGCAUCGUCUGAAUUAAAUGAGAAGGAUCCAGAUGCCUCCUCUGCCAAAGAAAUCAUGGCACCGAAUUUGGAGUCAACUCAAUCGAUCGCGAUAGACACUUCUGCACUUAAUGGUCCGGCUUCCGAAACGCCUGAAAGUGCUCCUCCAGUGACGCCAGUUAUGAAAACUCCGUCGUUGCGUCCAUACUGGACGGAAUUAAAAACGAGACGAACAACGAGAAACUCGCUGAGUUCGGCUGGUUCGAUUCUGUUGGAUUCGAUUGAACCCGUUUCGGAAUUACCGACGACCUCAUCUUCUUCAGCUCCAGUUGUCAAGAAUGAAACAAAAACUCGCGCGAGUACAGCACGUGCCGCGCGAAGUGCUGAAACGAUUUUGAGUCAAUCUAGUCAAGCUUCUAUCGAAUCGCCCGACGGGGAAAAGGAAGAGGCUUCAUCAAGCUCAUCAUCGAGACCGACGAAGAAACCAAAACCAUCGCGAGGAAAAUCGAGUUCGCUCAAGCAGGAAACACUUCCAUCUCCAGAUAAAACAAACACUCAGGAAUCGAAAAAUAGAACUGGUGAUCUUGUCAAGGUGGAUAGUGCUCUGGCUCAUGGGGAAGCACAUCAGGAGCUCCAAGUCGACACUCUCCCAACUGUUGAGGAGAGUGUUCCAGCUCCAAAUGACAUCGCUCAAGAUACUGAGAGUAGUUGUCCAGUUCAGAUCGAACAGCAGGAAAAUGUUGAAUCACAUCGAUCAGCAUUUUCGGAAAAUUUUGAGAGCACAUCUGGUCCAGCUCCAAAAGCACCGCAAGUAGAAAUUUUUGCUGCUGCUAAUAAUGAUGAUGAUGAUGAUGAAUGUGGAUCGUUGAAGAUGGCUGAUGAGACGGAUAAUGAUCAAGUCGAAACAUCGAGCGUGGAUGAAAUGUUUACCGAAAAAUUUCCAACUGGUCCCAAGCCAACAGAAGCGCUGAAGGUUGCCGAAUCCGAGCCACUAGUUGUGAAUUCGGCGAAGAAACCUAAGGAGAAGAAGCUGGAAACUACUGCACGAAAGGUGGCCAAAAUUCCGAAGGAAGCCAAUGUGAAGAAGCCAAAACCUUCUCCAGCUCCUAGAAAAUCGACGGCGAAGAAGGAGCCGGUAGCACCACCAAAAGUUGUCGAGAAACUUCUUCAAACUCUUCAAAUACCAUCUAGAUCGGAAGUUCGACAUCAGAUGAAAAUUAAAGAGACUCAAAGAGCUUUGGGUCUCGAGAUCAGCGAUAGUGAGGAUGAUGGUCCGGAAGGGUCGCCGGCGAAGAACGCCGCCAAAUCGCUGUCGAAACCGCAACCGAAGACCGCGAUUCUCAUCGAGCCGGUGGCGAAGGGACGAGCGGCGAAGCGAGGCGCCACAAUGAGUACGACGGAAGCGAAGAAGCGGAAACUCGAGAAGGACUCGCAAUCGGCGCGGGCUCAGCUGCGUCAGGCUCUCGACUUGAAACUGCCGAUCAAUGAACUCAAACGACCGCUCGAAGAGCGAGGUUUCGAAUGGACAGAGACGAUUCCGCUGACGCCCGAAGAAGCGGUGGAUGUGAUGAUUGAGUUCCUUCAACAAUCGACACGAGCCGACAUGUGGAUGGUCCUUCAGCAGCAUAGAAGGGAGGGCAACAGCGCGACAUUGACGAAUAUCGACGAGCAGACGUUUCUUAGUGUCGCGGCGACGUUCAACAAUGAUGAUCAGAAGCUGCUUGAGCUCUUCACUGAGAGGAUUCUUUACGAGUUUGCCGUUCAGGAUACGUUCCAUUCGGCGCAGUGCGGAUCGUAUGCGCGAUUAUUCUGCCAUUCGAUUCACUUCAAUCGAAAGGCGGAUGAUGAGCAGAAGGCGGAAUGGAUGAGAAAGUUGGCGAAUGUUGUCGUUCUCAAGCAUCCCGCGCAAGCGAUUAAGUGCAUUGCCUAUUGCCUUAAUAGCACGUCGAGCUCGUAUAUGGGAUGGCUUAUUGAGGAGCUGGACGAGGGCACCGAAUGGAGUCUGACGUUUCGACGACUUCUUCAUUGUGAGCCCGACCAAGCUGCCGUUGUGAAUUGGCUUUUGCUGGCAAGAUUUGACUACACGGCAAUCGCGAAGCCGCACGACGAGGAGCUGACAAAUGCGAUGAAGAAGCUUCUGACGAGCAUCGAAAAUUCGGAGGAUGUCUCAUAUAAUGGCACGACUUGCGAGAUUGGCGACGAAAUCAAAGAGAAUAUCCGAUUAGCGUUGAUACUUGCGAAAUCGGGAGACGUUGAACUUGUUAGUUUUGUGUUUCGGGUUCUCGAGCGAAAUAUGAAAAAGAUGCAACACGCGUUUUUGGAGAACGACGAUGAUGAGGAUAAAGGCGCCCAUCUGUUCCAAUCGGUCGAUGCUGUCCGCGAGACGACGAAGAUCAGUGUAAGAGAAGCGAAACAAACGUUGGUGGUGUUUGAAUGGAUUGUGACAAUGAUGCGCUGCUUCUCCGCGUACCACUCGCAGAAAAUAUCGAAGCCGAUUGUUGAUGCUCUCAGAACGGUUGCCCCGCAGAUUGUUGAAAUCAAAGAAUGUGUGGAAAGCGACGAGAAUUCGAAAAUUGACGCCGACGGCAAAGUGUAUAUGCGCGAGAUGCUCGGAAGAUUCUGCGAGUUCAUCUCCGAUUUCACGACGUAUCCGAUUCAGAAAACAUCCAUUCACCGAUAG